AUGGCUGAAGCCCAGCUGUUUGUAUCACAGGAUGAGUUCACCUGCUCGGUGUGUCUGGACACCCUGACUGACCCCGUCACCAUCCUCUGUGGACAUAAUUUCUGUCUGAAGUGCCUCACGGACUGCUGGGAUCAGAAUCAAGAGUGCAGCUGUCCUCAGUGCAGACACACCUUCACCACAAGGCCUGAGCUGAACAGAAACACUCUGCUGAAUGAAAUCGUUAAGAAAUUAAAGAAGACGACACUCAGUCCUCCUCAGUCUCAGAGUUAUGCUGGCCCUGGAGAUGUGGAGUGUGACUUCUGUACUGGGAAGAAAUUCAGAGCAGUGAAGUCCUGUCUAACCUGCAUGGCCUCCUACUGUCAGACUCACCUGCAGCUUCACUAUGAAGGAGACACCUGGAAGGGACACAAGCUGGUUGAUCCUGAUAGAAAUCUGAAGGAGAAACUCUGUGAGAAACAUCAGAAAAGUCUGGAGAUGUUUUGCAAAACUGAUGAGACAUGUAUCUGCAUGAUGUGUGUGGUGACUGGACAUAAAAAUCAUGAAAUAGUCGAGCUGGAGAUGGAAAGAGAAGAAAAAGAGUCAGAGACCAAGGACCAUCUCCACUUCCUACAGACUUUCUCGUCUCGCUGUGUCCUUCCUGCUGAUGGAGACUCGCUGAGCUUCACUGUCACCGCUGAUUUCUCAUUUCAGGGAAUGAGAAAGGAGCUGUCAGGUCUGAAAAAGAGUUUGGAGUGGAUCAGCCAGAGGGAUAUCAUGACCUGGACUCCAUCAGCUCAUGAAGCUCCAGUUUUCACCCUCCAGCCUCCUGAACCUCAGAGCAGAGAUGACUUUUUAAAAUACUUCUGUCCCCUCACACUGGACAUCGACACGGCACACAGAUACCUCCGUCUGUCUGAAGGGACCAAGAUGGUGACACGUGAGAAGACAGAAGCCAAAUAUCCUGAUCAUCCUGACAGAUUUGACUACUGGCCUCAAGUUCUGUGCAGAGAGGCUUUGACUGGGACUCGCUGUUACUGGGAGGUGGAGUGCAGUGGAGGUGAACUGGUGAUUGGAGUCGCAUAUAAAGGACUGGGCAGGAAAGGAAAGAGCAAGGAGUGCAGCCUUGGAAACAACGACAAGUCCUGGAGUUUGCUGUGGUCUCUUUCCCAGUACUUUGUGUGUCACUAUAACAAGCGGACUGAAAUCAGCGCCCCCUACAGCCCCCGAAUAGGUGUGUAUCUGGACUGGCCUGCUGGCUCUCUGUCAUUUUAUAGCGUCUCAUACACAAUGACCCUCCUGCACAGGUUCAACACCUCCUUCACUGAGCCCCUCUAUCCAGGGUUUUAUCUUGGUCAUAACUCCAGUGCAACAAUCAGCCAUCUGACACCAUGUGACCACUGACCAGUACCCUGCAAUGGUCACAUGAUAUCUCCACAAGCGCAGGUGUCUUUGUGUUUGUAGUUUAGGAUUAAAAUUGAUUUUACGGGUUGGGUGGGGGGAAGCACCUCUAUGAGUGAAUCUGGUGAUGAGAAUGCUGGGCAAGUGCGACUGUCAGGGUCUCCAAUAUUAUUUGGUUUGAGUAGCCAAUCAGGUGUGUGUGUCAUCAUGAGGGGUGGUGACACCCCAGACCUACAAAUACUAGUCUGACCAGCAGGGGUCACAGCCACAUGUCCUUCAGGCUGACACCCCAACAACUGCUGUGUCCUCUGAGUGUCACUGAAUGUCACUGUUAAGUCAGUCUAUAUAUCGCCUUUCAGUAGUGCUGCUCCAGCAGGACCACAUGCCUGUCUCAGUAUCCAGAGCCUCAUUCCAGUGACUAUUUAGGAGUACAGAGUGACAGAAGUGACUGGAGUGCUGGCCUCUGAACAGACAUUGUCUGUCCCUCAAUUAGUUACUCAGGUGGUCUGUCACCUCUGAAUGAAUUCCCUGUGAAUGGCUAAAGACGAGGACUCACCACUCAGUCACAUGUCGGCCAUACUGAUGAGAGUUUGGUGUUUUACUGAGUCAUUUAGUGUCACGUUAGAAAUUAAACUGUACCUCCUCCUUGUUCUUUCCACUGUCACCCAACCUCAAGGAGAUGAGUCAGCAGACUGACUUCACCAUCACUGUCGGUGUUCAAAGUGACAAUCAGAUGUGACACUUGGGGACACUUUUAUCUUUCCACUUUCACACACAUUCCCAGGUUUAAUUUACAAUUCCCUCAGGACCCCUCAAGGAGCGGCGUGUCACCUGACAUCAGUCUGUGUGAAGAAGCCAUUGAAGGCCCAGGCUGACAACCCCCAGGCCUCACCAGCAGAUAGCGACUAUGACUUCUAAAUCUGUCAUUUCAUGGAGGUUGAGUGGUUAAAAGAAAAAGCAGAAGGUGAAAAAAGAGUGAGGGGUGAGGAUGAUAGAGAAGAGUGUCAGGGUGAUAAAGGGUAAGAUGAGUGACCUGAGAC